AUGUCGCUGACGCAACUUGUGGAUGGGAUAUCUACACGUGAUCCACGAUCUCAUGUACCGAAGAUUGGCGUAAAAAUUAAGGAAGAGUUUAAUUCUACCUUGUGCGGUAUCAUGUCCCCAGACCCAAAUUUUGAAUCGCUUGAACAACUCCCUGAUCAUAUAGCUUCUUUCACUGCCAGUUGUGAUGAUGGAAAACUGAUUGAUUCAACACCAGGAAUAAAACCACAGCAUGCAUUAACAUCUCGUAAAAUACUUGAGAAUGCUACUUUGUUGGUUGCAAAGUUGAAGGAAAAGGUUGGGGAAGACAGUGAACCGGUUGUCAAAGUUACUGUUUCGUAUCCAGAGUACAAUUAUGCUUUUACAGUGUCUGGUGACAAGCUUUACGGAGUCAAACGCGCGAAUAGUUAA